GAACGCUCGGAGCAUCACCCGUUUCAUUGCUGUUCUGUUCUCGUAAUUGAGCUGCCUCGACCAACAGCUACCCGGCAUUCGUUUUUGUCAUAGAUUCGUGGCUGCUGCAAUAUUUGCCCCUCGCCAACCCAAAUCUCCGUUUAGUUGACACGUCCCGCUCCACCCCGUACAUGGACACCUAACCGUGACUGAGCUGAACACUCGUCCAAUCCGUGUGGAGAUGGCGGCGCUCACUCCACAGCCCGGCGUCAACGGUGUCAACCAUCUCACUCCUACCUCUUCUAAUGGCAACUCUACUCCCAGAUCCCCCGGUGUCCGACCGAUGCUACCUAACCGGUCGGUAACUGCCGGGUCCAUUGAAGAUGCGUACGUAAGCUUCAUUCUUCACUGCAAUCCUGCCGUACCCCUGGACGUAGACACGGCCGCCCUGAGAGAGGCCUUUCGGACGCCUCCCAAGAGCGAGGGCAAGAGCUUCAGCACUUUCACACUGUUCGAGCUCAUUGCCAAGCUUCAUCAGAAAGAAAUAAAAACUUGGGCUGAGUUAGCUCUCCGAUUGGGCGUUGAGCCGCCUGACCAUGAGAAAGGUCAGAGCUCCCAGAAGAUACAGCAAUAUGCCGUGCGACUGAAACGCUGGAUGCAUUCGAUGCACGUGAAUGCUUUCUUUGACUACCUGCUUGAUAAUCCACAUCCUUAUUGGACGCAAAUUCCUGCUGACAAUAACCCUGUCUGCGAGGAAGGCCGUGAUGGGGUUGCGGCCGAGGAUGAUAUGGCCUUGCGUGCCCUUCUGCCUCACAUCAGGCCUCGUCGUGGUAGAAAGCGCCCAGAGGACGAUAACCUGAGUAAAUCACCUUCACAGAAACCGAGGCUUAAUUCACCAGCCUUCGGUGGUGACGGUCACCCACCUCGUCCUGAGAUGCUGAAUCCUUGGACAGCACAUCCCGACUCCAGGCCAGGAUUCGCAUAUCCUCCUGCUGACCCAAGAUCCAGCAUAUUGCCUGGACCUGAGUCUGCAUAUCCAUGGCAUCAUGAUCCUCGGGAGCCAUUGUCGGCCUAUCCGCAUUCUGCUGCUACGCCUACCACUAGAGGGUCUUUUUGGCCAGAGCAUGGAGAGCCUCGCUCGGCAGUGAGCCCUAAGAGCAAGCCUCUGGGUCGCCGCCAUGGGGCCAAGGCAGUAUCGUCUGCUUGGAGAAGCAUUGGAGUUUCUGCAAGCGGCAAGGCCAGAGGACGGCCACCUAUGAACCGCAAUGCCGAGACACCUCUUUCGGCUUAUCCUUCUGAUAGGAGUGUAAGCGGACCGCCUCCAAGCAUGGUGUUCGACACUUCCUCUCACCCAAGCACACCGACCCCUGUGCAUAUGCCAGCUCAUGAACAUGAACCUGUAGUCAAGACACCGGAGCCCACAUCCGCACAGAGUGCCCGUCCACCGCGACCCGGGCGUCUGUCUCUCCAAGUUCCCGAAAGGCCUAGCGGCCCCGUGCGACUCGCGACGCCCCCAGCUCCUGUCGUGAUGGUAAACGGACGGAAUACUGCUAGUACAAGUGAAAACACCAAGCCAAAUCUCAUCCCCGCUCCGACUUCCAACCCUAUUUCAAACCCCAUUCCCAAAUCAAAUCCCAAUCCCAGCUCUAGUAGCGGUAGUAAUAUUGCUCCCGCCACCGAUGCAAAUAGCAACCCCCAACUUGGCUACACGAUCUUUGACCGAACUUCGGCUAUGUAUCUCAAUCCAGAGAAUCCAUCCCGCAUCGACAAGAUCGAGCUUGACGGGCCCGAUAAGACGAACCAUGACGAAGUCGAGAGUGUAUUCGUUGUGACCUUAGUGGGUUGUACAUGGUACGACCCCAGUGGUGAAAUUGGAUCUCGCCCUUCCGUGGCUGAGGUUGUGGCGCUAGUCCGGGCAGUCAUUCGCAGCAUCGCAGACCAAGCUCUCACUAAAGAAGCGUUCUUGAUCAACUUGGCUGCACUUGUCGGCGGGCACUUCAUGUUACAGCCCGAUAGAGAAGUACACCGGCUCGAGAUCGGUCCCGACUACACCAAAUAUUUGUGUAAAUGGAAUCUUCACUAUGGGUCUAUCAGAGGUACCUUUACGCUUACGGAGACGGUGCCACAUUCGAAAUGGAAGCCGGGCCACCAAACUACCGGUGAACCUCUAGAGAAAGAUCAAAUGCCCACCGAGGGCAUCCCGGCGGCCGAAUACUGGCAACAGCAGUACGCGAGCCUAGCUGUUACGUCUAUACGGCGGCUGGAUCACCUGACAAUCGCCAAAGCCAACGCGCUGAAGCUUCUGAAGGGAACUCCUGAUGUUGAUCCGCACCGACUCAUAUAGGUCAUUUCACAACGUGCCUAAACGUCAUCCUAUUUCGUCUAGUCACGUACCAUGCCGGACAUGGUGGUCAUCACCUUAUCACCUUGGACUGUAGUGGUGGACUUCUAGAUACCCUUUCCUUUUCAGUUCACUGCUCGUUUUAUUAACAUUACUACUACUUUUUAAAAAAGCCCAAACUUGGUAUAUAAUCAGGCUCUUACAGCUGAAGCGUUUAGUUGCUUGUGCUGUGUAUAUCCUACUUUUGUUCUACUUUACAUUAUUGUUUUUCUUUGUAUGUACAAUCUGCAUUGAAAAAUCAGAAGCGGUCCUUGAUCAAGGG